AUGGCCAACAGAAAUGUGCAGCAGCAGAACAUGCACAGCAGCAGUUCUCCUCAGCCGGGGAGACGCGGCACCGACUCCCCGGCUUCUGAACUUAAAGGGCCGAACAAAGAGGGCCCGACGCCGCCGCCUCCACCUUCAACUCCGCAGCAACAGCAGCAAGCCAGCCCGGUGGAAGCAGCCGGGGACAGAGCUGGAGAAGCCCAGUCGGAGAUGACCCUGGACCUGACGAGUUUUCGGAAACCGGGGGAAAAAACUUUCACCCAGCGCUGUCGCCUUUUCGUCGGCAACCUCCCGUCGGAUAUCACAGACGAGGACUUUCAGAAGAUGUUCAGUAAAUAUGGCAAAGCUAACGAGCUUUUCAUCAACCGAGACCGGGGAUUCGGCUUUAUUCGGCUGGAAACUCGCACCCUGGCAGAGAUAGCCAAAGCUGAAUUGGAUGGAACCGUUAUGAAGAACCGACCAAUCAGGGUCCGCUUUGCUACACAUGCUGCUGCGCUGACUGUGCGCAACCUGUCGCCCGUGGUAACAAACGAGCUUCUGGAAGAGGCAUUUUCUCAGUUUGGGCCGGUGGAACGGGCUGUUGUUGUUGUUGACGACCGUGGCCGUCCCACAGGAAGAGGCUUUGUGGAGUUUGCAAACAAACCAUCUGCACGCAAAGCCCUGGACCGCUGUGCUGAAGGGGCGCUGCUGCUUACCACCACCCCUCGUCCAGUCAUAGUGGAGCCCACAGAGCAGCUUGAUGAUGAGGACGGACUGUUUGAGAAACUGCUGCCGAAAACCCCACAGUACUAUAAAGAGCGAGAGCAGCUACCACGCUUUGCGCAGCCAGGGACCUUUGAGUUUGAGUAUUCAUCUCGCUGGAAAGCUCUGGAUGACAUGGAGAAACAGCAAAGAGAGCAGGUGGACAGGAACAUCAGAGAAGCCAAGGACAAACUGGAGGCUGAGAUGGAGGCAGCCAAACAUGAACACCAGCUCAUGUUAAUGAGACAAGAUCUGAUGAGACGUCAGGAGGAGCUGAGGAGAUUGGAGGAGCUUCGCAACCAGGAGCUGCAGAAACGAAAGCAGAUAGAAAUGAGGCAUGAGGAGGAGAGGAGGAGGAGAGAGGAGGAGAUGAUGAGACACAGAGAACAGGACGACAUGAGACGCCCGCCUGAUGGCUUCAAACCAAACUAUAUGGACAGCAGGGAACAGGAAAUGAGAAUGGGUGAGCUGGGCCCUCGUGGAGCCAUUAAUAUGGGAGAUGGUUAUAAACCAGCCUCUGCAGGGGCCAGUGGUAACCAGGGUCCCCCUCAAAUGAUGGGAAUGAGUGGAAGGGGCGGAGCCGUUGGCCCAGAUGGAACUCCAAAUAUGGGAGCACCAUUGAUGUCCGAGAAUGGAGCAAUGCGAAAUGAUCGGUACCCGCAGGGUGGACCAAUUGGGGGCCGACCAGGGGUGGAAUCCCCUCAGCAGCAGCCGCCAGCAGGCCCUCCUGUUGGAGGGGCCCCAGGAUUUGGCAGGGGAAAUCCCGUAGGGGGAAACUUUGAUGGCCCCAAUAACAAGCGCCGCAGAUACUAACCAAAUCUGGUCAGGAAUGUGAACUUUUUUCUUUUCUCAUUAGGUCUACGACACGAGUGUUGUCAGUUUUUUUAAAAAACUGAAUCAUCUCAUUUUAUUUCCCGAGCUCAUGAAUAUUUUCUGCUUUUAUGUCCUGUUCCUAGUUACAACCCUGUUACUUAGGGCUUUUAGUGGGGAAUAUGUGGCUUUUUUGUUUUGUUUUGGUUUUUUUUGGUUUUUGUUUUGUUUUUGUUUCUUAUUUUUAACUUGGUUUUGUUUUACCUUUGUACCCUAAGUUGGCAGGCAGGUCAUAUUUUUGGUGAUUUGAUCAAGUGUGCUACAAGCCGAUGUUUUGUAUGUACACUGCUCUGCUAUGCUGAUAAGCAGUAUUUUUCAUAGCAUAUGUUACUGUUCUACUUUCUGAAUGAUGUACAUUUUGUGCUUGUUUGUGUGUGCUGAAUAAUGAGUGCAUACACAUACAUUUUUUCUUAGCAUGCCAAUCAAGAUGUCUGUACACAUCUUUGACAUUGCAUUGGCUGUCAUUGCUUAGAUGCAUUGCAUUGAGCUGCACGAUAUGUAGCUUUCAGCAGAACUGCUGAUUAAAAACAUGUCAGAUUAAAAAUAACAUCACAAUAGAUAUCCACUACCAUCUCAAAUAUGGCUAGGUAGAGUACUGUAAAAUAGUCCUAUAGCAUAAAUAGUUCCCAGAAGUAAACCAUGUUGUCAAUGUCUAACCUCAUUAAAUGAUUUUGAAGUCUUAGUUUUUUUUCUUGGCAUGUUUAGUUGUUGGUCCUACUAGUGGCAAGUGGAAUAUUUUUUGUUGCUUCAUUUAUUUAAAAUAGAAAAACCUGUUCUUUUUCAAUUAAACUUCCAUAUCUUAAUGAGAUCCCUCUGUGAAUGUUUCUGCACCUAAAGUGCAUCCUGUAUUUUGAAUAACCUAAGACAAAUAAAGAAUUUGUUGGAAGUUA